GCGCCAUGUCGUUCAGUGAGAUGAACCGCAGGACGCUGGCGUUCCGAGGAGGCGGGUUGGGCACCGCCAGCGCCGGCUCCUCCACGAACAAUAACGCGGGCGCGGAGGCCUCGGUUUGGUCGCAGCAGCCCCAGCCAAGACAGCCCCCGCCACCGGCGCCGCCCGCGCUCCCUCAGCCCAAUGGGCGGGGGGCCGACGAGGAAAUGGAAUUGGAGGGCCUGGAGCCCCAGGACUCGGAGGCCUCUGCCGGGGUGGCCGCCGCCGCCGCCGCCGAGGAAGCCAAGGAGUUGCUGCUCCCCCAAGACGCGGGCGGCCCCAUGUCGCUGGGCGGCGGUGGCGUGGGGGGCCCCCUGCUAGCGGAAAGGAACCGUCGGACUCUGGCCUUCAGAGGAGGUGGUGGCGGCGGGGGUCUCGGCAACAAUGGCAGCAGCCGCGGCCGCCCCGAGACCUCGGCGUGGCCCCUGAGGCAUUUCAAUGGGCGCGGGCCGGCGGCGGCGGACCUGGGGCUGGACGCGCUGGAGGGGAAGGAGUUGAUGCCGGACGGCGCGUCCCUGAGCGACAGCACGGAGGACGAGGAGGAGGGGGCGAGCCUGGGCGACGGCAGCGGGGCGGAAGGCGGCAGCUGCGGCAGCAGCAGGCGGUCGGGCGGGGACGAAGCGGAGGGCAGCGCCUUGGGACCCGGCGAGGGAGAGACUGUCCAGCACCUCCCGCUCGCGCGGCCCAAGUCCCUGAUGGAAAAGCUCCAAUGGUCCUUCCAGACCUCUUGGCUCAAGGACUUCCCCUGGCUGCGCUACUCGAAGGAGACUGGGCUGAUGUUUUGCGGCUGGUGCCAAAAGUCUUCUGAGGAUGGGAGGACCGUGGAGCUUCCCCAAGUGGGGCACGAUGAGCUUUCGCGAGGGACCCGCAACUACAAGAAGACCUUACUCCUCAGGCACCACGUCUCCACCGAACACAAACUCCACGAAGCCAACGCCCAGGAGUCAGAAAUACCAUCAGAGGAGGGGUACUGUGACUUUAAUAGUAGGCCAAAUGAAAACUCUUAUUGCUAUCAACUUCUUCGACAACUAGAUGAACAGAGAAAGAAAGAUAUUCUUUGCGAUGUCAGCAUUGUGGUGAGCGGGAAAAUCUUUAAAGCUCAUAAGAACAUCCUGGUUGCAGGCAGCCGUUUCUUUAAGACUUUAUAUUGCGUUUCAAACAAAGAAAGCCCUAACCAAAACAAUACUACCCAUUUAGAUAUUGCUGCAGUUCAAGGUUUUUCAGUCAUCUUGGACUUCUUGUAUUCUGGUAACCUGGUGCUCACAAGCCAAAAUGCCAUUGAAGUGAUGACAGUGGCCAGCUACCUUCAAAUGAGUGAAGUUGUUCAAACUUGCCGAAAUUUCAUUAAAGAUGCCUUAAAUAUAAGCAUUAAAUCAGAAGCUCCAGAGUCUGUAGUUGUGGACUAUAAUAAUAGAAAACCAGUUAAUAGAGAUGGUCUGUCUUCAUCACGGGAUCAAAAAAUUGCCAGCUUUUGGGCAACACGGAAUCUUACCAAUUUGGCAAGUAAUAUAAAAAUUGAAAAUGAUGGUUGUAAUGUCGACGAGGGCCAAAUAGAAAACUACCAAAUGAAUGACAGUAAUUGGGUCCAGGAUGGUUCUCCUGAAUUGGCUGAAAAUGAAUCUCAAGGCCAAACAAAAGUGUUUAUUUGGAAUAAUAUGGGCUCCCAGGGAAUUCAAGAGACUGGCAAAACAAGGAGGAAAAACCAGACUACAAAGAGAUUUAUUUAUAAUAUACCACCUAAUGAAACAAAUUUGGAAGAUUGCUCAGUGGUGCAGCCAACUGUUGCCUAUCCAGAAGAAAAUAAGACCCUAAUCAUCAAGGAAGAACCAGAUUUGGAUGGUGCUUUACUCUCAGGGCCAGAUGGUGAUAGAAAUAUGAAUGCAAAUUUAUUGGCUGAAACCUGCUCUGGUCAAGAUGGAGGUGAUACUGGUACUUCACAUGAUUUCAAGUAUGGUUUGAUGCCUGGUCCUUCAAAUGAUUUCAAGUAUGGAUUAAUACCGGGUACUUUAAGUGAUUUCAAGUAUGGAUUGCUACCAGGUGCUUCAAAUGACUUCAAGUAUGGGUUAUUGCCAGAAUCUUGGCCAAAACAAGAAACAGUGCAAAAUGGUGAGUCAUCUCAAACCAUGAACAAGUUAAAAUGCCCUCAUUGUAACUAUGUAGCCAAAUACAGACGAACACUAAAAAGGCACUUGCUCAUUCAUACGGGAGUAAGAUCGUUUAGCUGUGACAUUUGUGGAAAGCUGUUUACUCGAAGAGAACAUGUAAAAAGACAUUCCCUGGUGCAUAAAAAGGAUAAAAAAUACAAAUGUAUGGUGUGUAAGAAGAUCUUCAUGUUAGCAGCCAGUGUUGGAAUAAGACAUGGAUCUCGACGCUAUGGUGUUUGUGUAGACUGUGCAGAUAAAUCACAACCGGGAGGGCAAGAAGGUGUAGAUCAGGGACAGGAUACAGAAUUCCCUCGGGAUGAAGAAUAUGAAGAAAAUGAAGUAGGAGAAGCUGAUGAAGAACUGGUUGAUGAUGGAGAAGAUCAGAAUGAUCCAUCUCGAUGGGAUGAAUCAGGAGAUGUUUGUAUGUCUCUGGAUGAUUAACUGACCUAUACUAUACUCCUCAAGGAUGCUGCAUUUGGACAUAAUAUGAAUCGACAAUUUGGAUUGUUGAACUUUGAAGGCUUGCAAAAUAUGGUACACCCUGGAUGGUAGUUAUGUUGCUGUGAAACUGUAGGGUCAAAAAGCCUUAUAGCAAAAAAAAUUUUUUUUAUAUUUGCACAGGACUGUCAGCAAACAACCAUGUGGUUGGCUUACAUGGAGUCCCCACAUAUUCAGUCAAAGUAAAAUAUUUUUAUUUAUAUGAGAUACAAUAACUAUUUGGGUCCUAUGAAAAUAUAGUGCUUGUUCUUUAUAGAGCUUGCAUUCAUGAUCCACUUUAACAUGAAUGAAGAAAAUCCAUUUGUGGAGUACAAUUACAGUUGACCCAAUUGCUCUGUCCAUCAAACCACUCAGGCUAGUUUGUACUAGUAGAGUUUUGUUUCUAUUUUAUUUUUAUUAAUUUUAUUUUUUUUAAUACAGAUUUUUCAGUGAGGGGCUUUUUCAACCCCAUUGGUUCUAUUUUCUUGUAUUGUCCAUUUUAAUUUGCUUUAUAACUUAAAAAAACAAGUCUCUUCUAGUCUUAGGUAUUAUUUCUCAAUUUUGUGCUGAUAGGCAUGUUUAUAAGAACUGGAGAGGUAAUUUAUUGGAAUGAACUAACUGACGUCCCCCAGUCCCCUUUCCUUUUUGACAUGAAUUUUAGUACUUCACAAAUGAAGAAUGAUGUGCGAAGUUACGUGGCGAAGCUGACAAAUACCACUAAAAUGAUUAUGAUUUACAA